CUCCAGUAAGCAGUCAUGGGAGAUUCAAGCCGAACGGAACUUGUGCAUAAGGCCAAACUGGCUGAGCAGGCUGAGCGUUAUGACGACAUGGCUGAGGCUAUGAAGUCUGUGACGGAGAAAGGCGAGGAACUUUCGAACGAAGAGCGAAACCUGCUGUCAGUGGCAUACAAGAAUGUUGUGGGUGCCCGACGCUCCUCAUGGCGAGUGGUUUCCAGCAUUGAGCAGAAGGCUGAUGGAACCGACAAAAAGAAGACCAUGUCCAAAGACUACAAGGAUACGAUUGAGAAGGAGCUGAAUAAAAUCUGCGAAGAAGUGCUGGUGAGUUUUUGAACGUUUACUUCAACAACAUUGC